CAGUUUAUUCACAGAACUGAACUUCUUUCAUGAGCUUCAUAAAGAGGAAGAGUCUCUCUGGAGAAACAGACAUAAACACAAUGAACAGUUUGAUUGAUAGAGAAUCUGCUGAAUCCAGCGGUGUGUCUAUGAAGAGUGAUCAUUCAAUGGAUUAUCCACCUAAAUUCAGUUCAGGAGACUCUGGUACAGAUGUGAAUAACAAAACAGAUGAAUCAAAGUCCUUCAAAGGGAAGCAGAUGGAUUCAGUUUUUCAGGAUCUUGAAGACAAAAUCAUCUCUCUGAUGAAGAAAGAGCUGAAGAUCUUUAAGAGACUACUGGGCUCAGAUUACCCAGCAUGCUCUGAGAGCGAGGAGGAGGAGGAUGAAGAUCAGAUCAGAGUCAGAGAGGAGCUUCUGAGCAUCACACUGCACGUCCUGAAGAAGAUGAACCAGACAAACCUCGCUGACAAACUACAGACCAAACUUACAUCUCUGUGUGUGAAAAAACACAAAUCCAGACUAAAGGAGAAAAUCCAGAGAAUAAAUGAAGGAAUAUCAAGUCAAGGAAACUCAAGAGUUUUGAAUGAGAUCUACACAGAGCUGUACAUCACAGAGGGAGGGAGUGAAGAACUCAAUAAUGAACAUGACGUGAGACAGAUUGAGACAACAUCCAGAAGAUCAGAGACACAAGAAACACCAAUCAAAUGUAAUGACAUCUUUAAAGCUUUACCUGGACAAGACAAACACAUCAGAACUGUGCUGGCUAAAGGAGUUGCUGGAAUUGGAAAAACCGUCUCUGUACAGAAGUUCAUUCUGGACUGGAGUGAAAGAAAAGCAAAUCGGGAUCUUCACUUCAUAUUUCCACUUCCAUUCAGAGAACUGAAUCUGAUGAAGAACACAAAUAUCAGUCUGAUGGAUCUUCUUCAUCGGUUUUUCAUAGAUACAAAAGAACUGAAAUCAAGAGACUUUGAUGUCUGUAAAGUUGUGUUUAUCUUUGAUGGUCUGGAUGAGUGUCGACUUCCUCUGGAUUUCUCAAACAAUCAGAGUUUGUUUAAUGUAAGAGAAGAAGCUUCAGUGGAUGUGCUGUUGACAAACCUCAUCAAGGGGAAUCUCCUUCCUUCUGCUCUUAUCUGGAUAACAUCACGACCAGCGGCAGCCCAUCAGAUUCCUCCUGACUGUGUCCACCAGAUCACAGAUGUACGAGGAUUCAAUGAUCCUCAGAAGGACGAGUAUUUCAUCAAGAGAAUAAAUGAUGAGAGUUUGUCCAACAGAAUCAUCAGACACAUCAAAUCAUCCAGGAGUUUGUACAUCAUGUGUCACAUCCCAGUCUUCUGUUGGAUUACAGCCACUGUUCUAGAGAGAAUGUUGAGUGAAUCAGAGAGUCAAGCAGAGAUCCCCAAGACUCUCACUCAAAUGUUUACACACUUCCUGAUCUUUCAGACCACACUGAAGAGUAUGAAGUAUGAUGGGAAACGUGAGGUAGAUCUUCAACAGGUUAGAAAGAGUCUUCUGUCACUGGGAAAACUGGCUUUACAACAGCUGGAGAAAGGGAAUCUGAUCUUCUAUGAGGAGGAUCUGAGAGAGUAUGACAUUGAUGUCAGAGAAGCUUCAGUGUACUCAGGAGUUUGUACUCAGAUCUUCAGAGAGGAGCUUGGACUGAACCUGGGGAAGGUCUACAGCUUUGUGCAUCUGAGCAUUCAGGAGUUUCUCGCUGCUUUAUUUGUCUUUCUUUCAUUUUCUCCAGAAACAUCAGGAUCAACUAUGAGUGAUUUACUGAAGAGUGAAGUGGACAAAUCCUUACAGAGUGAGAACGGACACAUGGACCUUUACCUCCGAUUCCUUCUGGGUCUCUCACUGGAGUCCAAUCAGAUGAUCUUACGAGAUCUACUGACUCGGACAGGAAGAAGAUCUGACACCAGACAGGAAAUAGUUGAGUACAUUAAGAUGAAGAUCAGAGAGAAUCAAUCUCCAGAGAAAUCCAUCAAUCUGUUUCACUGUCUGAAUGAACUGAAUGAUCAAUCUCUAGUGAACGAGAUACAAACAUAUCUGAACAGAGAAGAUAACAGGUGUCUCUCUGGAGUCAAACUCUCUCCCUCUCAGUGGUCGGCUGUGGUGUUUGUGUUACUGAACUCAGAUCAGACGCUGGAUGAGUUUAUACUGAGUAAAUAUGAUUCAUCAGAUGAAUGUCUUCAGAGGCUGCUGCCAGUGAUCAAAGCAUCCAGAAAAGCUGAUCUGAUGAGCUGUAAUCUGACAGAGAAAAGUUGUUCAUCAUUGAGUUCAGUUCUCAUCUCAAACUCCUCAAGUCUGACAGAACUGAUCCUGAGUUUCAAUAAACUGCAGGAUUCAGGAGUGAAGCUUCUCUCUGAUGGACUGAAGAAUACAAACUGUAAACUGAAGAUAUUACAUCUGAGUCUCUGUAAUCUGACAGAGAAAAGUUGUUCAUCAUUGAGUUCAGUUCUCAUCUCAAACUCAUCAAGUCUGACAGAACUGAACCUGAGUCUCAAUAAACUGCAGGAUUCAGGAGUGAAGCUUCUCUCUGAUGGACUGAAGAAUACAAACUGUAAACUGAAGAUAUUACAUCUGAUGAGCUGUAAUCUGACAGAGAAAAGUUGUUCAUCAUUGAGUUCAGUUCUCAUCUCAAACUCCUCAAGUCUGACAGAACUGAACCUGAGUGAAAAUGAACUGCAGGAUUCAGGAGUGAAGCUUCUCUCUGAUGGACUGAAGAAUACAAACUGUAAACUCAAGAUAUUAAAUCUGGAGUCCUGCAGUAUUGGAGAUGAAGGUUUUGUUGCUUUGGCUUCAGCUCUGAGAUCAAACCCAUCACACCUGACUGAACUCAAUCUGAAGUUUAAUAAUCCAGGAGAUUCAGGAGUGAAGCUGAUCUCUGAUCUACUGAAGGAUCCACACUGUAAACUACACAAACUACAUAUUAAGCCUCGACUGUAUCAAUCAUCUACAAGAGCUACAGAUGACAAAUCAAACAACUGUCUUCAGUCAUAAAGUAGAAGAUCUGCUUACUGCCUCCUACUGGACAAACAGCAGCAGUGAGACAUCAGAGCUCAACAUGAGAGACACACACAAAACACACAAACAUGUGGAUGAUGAUCUGCAUUCAUAAUCCAGCAGAAGAGUUUAUUGAAGUUCAAUGAUGUUUGUGUUGUGGAUGUGAUUCUUACACAGCUGGUAUAUGACACUCAGUGUCUCUCUUUCUGUCUCAUCUGAUGCGGUUUAAAGUCUUCUGAGCUCUGCUGAUGCGUCAUUACCUGUAUAUCUUCAUCAUCAUCAUAACAGUUCAUUCCUAUGGAUCUAUUCUCAACAAUGAUGACAGACUGACCAAUGAGAUAUAAGCUUUAGGUCAUGUGACUAAAUAUUCCUUAUAGAUGUUCAUACUGCUCAUUUCUGAAUAUAAUAUCUUGUUCACACUGUCAAUCCAAAUACGAUUUUGGUGUAUGUAUUGUUGGAUGUUAUUUGUUAAACUCAAAUGUGUCUUUCUGUCUUGGCCAGGAUGCUCUUGUAAAAGAGAUUCUUAAUCUCAAUGUGCUUCUUUCCUGGUAAAAUAAAGGUUAUAAUAAUGUCA